CUAUAUUAAGCAUAAACAAUCUUCUCCCUUCCGCUACUUAAUUUAUUGUGGUUGUUAGAACCAGCAAACCCUGACAUGAAGGUCACCUCGGUCAUAACAUACUGUUCAAUAAAUACGUUAAAAAUGCACAGGCUUUUAAUUCCUGUUAUAGUUAUUCUGGCUGCUGCGGUGGAUUCCCAGGCUGGCCCAGGCAAUAGUGCUUGCGCGCAGUGGUGUGCCGCCAACUUCCCUAACAAUGCUGGCAGUGCUUGUACAUCACCAGCAGCUCAUGGAAUAGGCCCAUGUUACAAUUGUGGCCCUCUUAAAACCUCGCCAACUAAGCAGCUUUGCUCUGGAGUAUGCAGAGAGACCAGUAAUGAUAAUAAUAACUGCGGCAGCUGUGGUAAUCAAUGCGGGCAAAAUGAGCAAUGUCAGAACGGGAAGUGCCGACCUCUCCCAAAUUGCUCCCCCAACAACAACCAAUGUGGUGAAGUGGGCUGCGGAACCUGUGGCUGUGGGGGCGGAACUGCUUGCCACAUUGGUCAGGAUAAUAAAAACGCUGGCUAUUGCGUCUUUUGCGCCGCAUGCAGUGACGUCCUUCAAGAGUGCUCAUCUAACAAUGAUUGUCCCGAUGACCACAGUAUAUGUGUGCAGACUUGCUGUACGGGUGGCACCUUUACUGGAUCUGGUGGUACUGCAAGAUGCAUCCCAUCAAAUUAUCUUAAAUGUUGAAAAGCUUCUAAUAAGAGCUAUAUCACUUUUGUGACUUCGUCCUUAAAUUGCAGGAGCAACUGUUUUAAGGGGGAAGUGGGAUAGAAUGAGUAAUAACUUGCUGCUGAAUGUAUCUAAAAGUGUUAGUUAAGCUAUUCAAUUGCCUUGGUCCUGU